UCUACUGCACUCGACGUUAUUGCGGGGCCGACAGUCACAAAACAACUCAUCGCAAAACGCAUCAAAACCUACCAAAUAUCCGCCUCUUGAUACAGUUUACAUGUCCGGAGUCUCAAUCAAAGCGGCGUCCAUUAUCAAUCAUUGAACAAUCAAGCAUUAUCAAGUUAACUGGCGAUUAUCAUAUUAAGAGUCGCCCUCUCCGAUAGCAGCCGGACCUUUGAUACACUGUUUCGUCAGUGUCGCCGCAAUGUUGGAGCCGGGUGUGACGAUCGCGCCGCUGAUGAACUCCGGUGAAUGUUACAAACUCGUGAAGAGAAUCUAUGGUCUCGAAGUGUCCCGGGUCUCGGAGUUGAAUGGGUACGACGACAAGAACUUCAAAGUUGCUGUCGGAAGCAAAGGCGAUGAAAACGUACAACUUUACGUGUUGAAAGUCCUCAACUCGCUGGAUUCAAAGAAACUUGGCUUCAUCCAGGCGCAGAAUGCAUUAUUGUUGCAUCUUGGCGAACGCGGGAUUAUUUGUCCGCAGCCACAACAAACACAAACCGGUGGAUAUUAUGCCAUAGAGCAAUUAAGAAGCGGUGCUCAUGUGGUCCGUCUGAUGAAAUUCAUUGAUGGUUCCAUUUUGCAUCAAGUAGAAGGAUCUUGGGAUCUUUACUACAAAGCAGGAGAAUAUAUUGCAACAAUUGACAACUUAUUACAAGACUUUUAUCACGUGGCUUAUGAAACACAUUCAUCGAUGUGGAUGUUGGAUAGUGUACCGCAAUUGCGACCGUUUUUAGACAAAGUACCUGAUUUAAAUAAACAAGAAAAGUUUGCUGAGAUAAUCAGCGCGUUCGAGCGCGAAGUUUUAAAAAUUGGACAUAAUUUACCACGUGGAAUAAUCCACGGGGAUUUUAAUGAGCAAAAUGUUGUUGUCUCUGCGUUGAAUGGCACUCCUGAAAUUCGCGGCGUGUUGGAUUUCGGCGAUUCACAAAAAGGUUGCUAUGUUUAUGAACUGGCCAUUGCAAUGACUUACAUGAUGAUUGUAAGUAAAAAAGUCGCAAUGGGUGGAGCAGUGUUGCAAGGAUAUUUGAAACAAAGAAGUAUGACUGAUGAAGAGCUAGGAUUACUCAGAAUUUGUAUCCUGGCAAGACUCUCACAAUCAUUGAUAAUGGGCGCGUAUUCAGCCCAUUUACACCCAGAAAAUGCUGCAUACUUGCUCACCACCUCAGUAUCAGGAUGGGCAAUGUUUGAAGACAUUUAUAAAUAUACCAAUGAAGAAUUACUCGCAUUGUGGUUGAAACAAGCUUAGAUGAUAUAUAUUCCCAUGAAACUUCAGAAUAUGUUGAUGAAAUACAUUUAUUCAAUGAGGUAUUCUAAUGGAUAUGAUGUCAGACAUUCGCAGCACAGCUUUUGGUAUUAUUUCUUGUGUUGGAGUGUGUAAAUCAUUGACUAUUAUGUUCUGAAAGUUACCAUCAAUGGUCUGCACCUUCCCGUCCACGGUCGUAUUAUCAUGCAAUACUAUGUGCGCCGGUAAACCUAUAUAUUCAAGAAUUGUACACAAAUUUCAUUCAAUAUAAACAAUUAUCACCUA